AUGUUCAUUGUUUUCUACCGCUGGACUCAUAAUGAACACUUGCAUUCUUUUUUACGUUUUGGAGCUGAGGACGUGGAUGGCGGUUUCGUUACAAAGCUAGUGCCGCUUCCACCCGCAGAACCCUCGAAGGUCUUUGAUGAGAACGGCAAGCAAGAUAAUGCCAAGGCCUCCUCAGCGACGGUUGCCUGUAGCGGUGUGGAAACGCUCUUCUUCAUGUAUGAAGAUGAUGAGUACGCCGGACUUCCGACACUCCCCUCAUAA